GUUAUUUUUUUUUUUUUCCUUUUUGGUUGUUCAUCCCUUUUCUCGAAAUCCAAACUUUGACCAUGACGACCAUUUCGCAUCCCGUGUUUGAACGUGCAGUGAAUGGCAAGGACAUGACUGCCAUCGGCGAGCUGUUUGCGGUCAAUGCCGACGACGUUGCCCAGCACACCGAGUCCAUUCUGGCCGGCAUCAGCGCCAAGGUCGACUCGGAGGCGUACGGCUCCGACGCCGGCGAGAAGACGUGCAUCGAGAGCUCUGUCUCUGCCUUCAUGGUUGCCGCCCGCAAUGCUGAGGAUUUGCUGAUUGACAACAUUGAGCACUUUGUCGCGCUCAUCGAGGUCUUGCUCAAGUACAACCUCGAGUCCGGCAAGCCCCAUGCAGAGCUCCUCAAGAACGUCCUCUACAUCCUGCAGAGCCAAUACUCCAAGGCCAAGAUCAUCCAAAAGUCGCUUGCCACCGUCAUCAAGGUGCCCGCCAAGGGCCGCGACGAUGGCCUCAACCAGACGGUUGCGGGCAUGUUUGCCAUGACCACCAUUGUUGGCGGAAAGAUCUUUGUGCCGUACGUCUCGACGGUCAUCAACCUGGUCCUGACCAACCCGGCCAACCAACGCUCGAGCUUCCUCACCGUCCUCAACAACGUCUACCCGUUCGCGCGCGAGGAGGUCCAUCCUUUUGUCCCCAAGCUGGUCAAGAUCUUUGAUUCCGGCGACAUGGGCAGCAGUGUCACCGCUCUGCAAAUUUUGAGCGCCGUUGCCAAGAAGAACCCCGAACUGCUUGAAAAGUUCAUUGACGACUUUGUCCCCGCCCUCAGCUCGCCAAUGUCGGGCGCAAUGGCCAUCAUGAUGCUGGUUGACCUGGCUGUUGCCUACCCUGACCACUUCGUCAAGCACCUCGACGACAUCAAGGCAUCCGUGAGCACCAACCAAACGUUCAUCUACAAUGCUCCCAAGAUUAUUGGAGCUGUCGGCCGUUCGUCCGAGGAGCGAGCUCGCCAGAGCAUGGAAACGCUGUUCGAGUGGCUCAAGACAUCGCCCGACCAGAAUGCGGUGCCGCUGCUCAUGCUGGAGAUCAAGAACGUUGCUGGCGCCUUCAAGGCGUCCUUGACCCCGUACCUUGAUUUCAUGCAAGAGUACAUCAAGUCGACUCCUAACGAGUCUACGCGCACGGUCGGCCAGAGCAUUUUGGAUGCCUACCACGACCGCACGCUCGAAAACCUCGGCAACCAGGUCGUCGCCACCGACGCCAAGAUUGAGGUCGUUGUCAAGGACACCCAGGAGGUCAAGGCCAAGGUCGAGGAGGUGGAGAAGCGCGUCCUCACUCUCGAAGAAGAGCUCAAGGAGAUUGACCUGUUCGUUCAAGACCACAUCAGCGAGCUCAAGGAGUUUGUUGCUGGCAUUGUCAAGAAGCUUCCUAUUCCGAUGAACUUUACGACUGAGGACCGCUUCCUGAAGAUUCAGAAGGUUCUCGUGCUGCACUUUGAGUGCGCUUGCAAGAGCCCCCACUGCCAGUUCAGCAAGGGCAAGACUUUCCGCACCGAGACCAAGGUCAUUAACAAGUGGAUCAAGGUCGCUUUCUCUGCGAUUCAGGUCGGCAAGGCCAUUUGGGACAAGGAUGUUGGUGCCGUGGUCGAAGGCCUUCGAUCCGUCUAUGAGAUUGGCAAGUCUCAGUACGACACUAGCUUCCAGACUUUCAUUACCGAGCCGUUCUUGACGUCGAGUGAGUCGGAUGAGCUGAUCAACCAGCUUCGCGAUGCCAAGUUCUUUGAGGCCUUCGAGUACGACGCCCAACUCGGCAACUGGGUCUGCCACCCCUGCGCUCACCCACCGGCACCGGUCGCCGAGCCCGCUGCCGUUGCGGUCGUGGCUUCUCCUGUCGCUGCUGCUCCUGAAGCCGCCUCGAGCUCUGCUGCCGAGCCAGCAGCGACACCUGCUGCUGCGACGCCUGCUGCUGCGACGCCCGCUGCUGCGACUCCAGUGGCUGCUCCCCCGGCCAUCCUCGAGGGUGUCCUCCACAAGCGCGGUGGCAAGAUUGUGCGCCAAUGGCAGGCCCGCAACUUCAAGCUCACUGAAAAGACCCUGGAGUACCGCCUGAUUGGCAAGGACGGACUUCGCGGUUCGAUCGAGCUUAGCGCAGUCACUGCCGCCGAACUGGUGCCAGUUGCCAACAUCAAGCGUCCUCACACGUUCAGCCUUGUCACAUCGCUGAAGACGUACCACAUCUCUGCAGACUCGGACGAGACUGCGACCAAGUGGCAGACCGCCAUUGCUGGCUUGAUCAACCGUUCCUAAGUUGUUGGGUUUGGUUUCGAGAUCGUGCAUUUUCGUUUGUUGUUCUUUUUUUUUUCUUUUUUUUCUGUGUUGACAUGCUUGCCAUCAUUCAAUAAAGUCUUGCAGUUG